UCCAUUCCCUCAGUCCCUUCCCCUCAGUCCCUUCCCCUCAGUCCCUUCCCCUCAGUCCCUUCCCCUCAUCCCUUCCCCUCAGUCCAUUCCCUCAGUCUCUUCCCCUCAGUCCCUUCCCUCAGUCCCUUCCCCUCAGUCCCUUCUCUCAGUCUCUUCCCCUCAGUCCCUUCCCCUCAGUCGCCCUUGGAGGGCCCCAGCAUGUUUAUAUCUGGGCCGGAGUGAGUUUAUUGAGCAGCGUCACAGGUGCUGUGGGUGCGUACCGCCACAGCAGCAUGCACAGCACCGGUCAGUAG